AUGCAUUUAAGUCGAUUACUUCUCAAUCUAUCCAGUCAUAUCGAAUAUUAUUCGAAAUUUCAACCAACAUCAUUUACUCUCAAGAGUCUUAUUGAUUUUGCUCGUGAUGGUGAUGUUAAAAAAUCCUAUAAAUUUCUACGAGUUGAAUUACUCAUACGAUGGUCUCAUAUGCGUAAAGAAAUGGGUUAUUUACCACCGAAAUUACUUGAUAUGCCAAGUUUUAAAUUAGCAAAUUCAUGGUAUGAUCAAAGUUAUUCUGAAAUACUUGAAUUUAAAAAUAUAGAAUCGGAUGCAUCAACACUUCGCAAAUUUACAGAAACAUUAGUUGGUAUUCGAAAACGUCAUGCUGAUGUUGUAUCAACAUUAGCUCAAGCAUAUAUAGAAUUUGAAAAAGUUAGUUCAAUUAGUUUAAUAGAAAAAAGUCGAAUACAAUAUUUUUAUGAUCGAUUUUUUAUAAAUCGAAUUGGUAUAAGAACAUUAAUUUAUCAACAUACUCUUCUAUUCGGUGAUGAACUUCCUCAACAUUCACAACAAGCAGGUAUUAUCGAUCCAUGUGUCAAUGUAGCUGCUGUUAUUGGAGAUGCUUAUUCAACAGCAAAAUUUUUAUUUGAACAAGUAUCUUAUCCAGUACCUACAAUUGAAAUUGAAUCUCAUAAUGUACAAGAUCAUAGUACCAAUCCUGUAACAAUUGUUUACAUUCCAGCACAUAUUUAUCAUAUUGUUUUUGAAUUAUUAAAAAAUUCACUUCGUGCAACGAUUGAACGAUAUGGUUUAGAUGCUAAAGAAUAUCCACCUGUACGUAUACUUAUUGUUAAAGGUCAUGAAGAUUUAACAAUACAAAUUAAUGAUCGUGGUGGUAAGAUAUAUCAUAUAUAA